GGCAUCCAGCUUGUGGGGUCAGCAGUGACGCCCUGGCCAUCCGCCCAGGCUGCUCACGGACUGGUGAAGCCCAAAGCUAAGAGAGCCGAGGUCCCUCCAAGCCAGACUGGCAGGGAAGGAAGAUGUGUUCCCAGAGGGGUGAGGGCUAUCGUCUCCUGAAGGAAUACGCCAAUGGCUUCAUGGUCUCCCAGGUCCUCUUUGCUGCCUGUGAGCUGGGGGUGUUUGAGCUCCUGGCCGCGGCCCCGGAGCCCCUGGACUCAGCGGCAGUGUCUGCACGGCUGGGCGCCAGCCCCCGGGGGACAGAGCUGCUGCUGGACGCCUGUGUGUCCCUGAAGCUGCUGCAAGCGGACGUGAGCGGAGGGAAAGCUGUGUAUGCAAACACGGAGCUCGCCAGCACCUACCUGGUCAGAGGCAGCCCCAGGUCCCAGCGGGACAUGCUAAUGUACACGGGCAGGACCACGUACGUCUGCUGGGGCCACCUGGCCGAGGCGGUCAGGGAAGGGAGGAACCAGUAUCUGAAAGCCUUUGGGAUCCCGUCCGAGGAGCUCUUCUCUGCCAUCUACAGGUCCGAGGGCGAAAGGCUGCAGUUCAUGCAGGGCCUGCAGGACGUGUGGAGGCUGGAGGGGGCGAGGGUGCUGGCCGCCUUCGACCUGUCCCCCUUCCGGGUCAUCUGCGAUCUCGGGGGCGGUUCUGGGGCUCUGGCCCAGGCGUGCGUGUCUCUGUACCCGGGAUGUCGGGUCAUCGUGUUCGACAUCCCAGGAGUGGUGCAGAUGGCGAGGACACAUUUCUCAGCCUCGGAGGACGAGCGGAUCAGCUUCCAUGAAGGGGAUUUCUUCAAAGACCCCCUCCCGGAGGCGGACCUGUAUAUCCUGGCCAGGGUCUUGCAUGACUGGACCGAUGCCAAGUGUUCCCACCUGCUGGAGAGACUCUAUCAGGCCUGCAGGACAGGUGGCGGCAUCCUGGUCAUCGAGAGCCUCCUGGACGCGGACGGGCGGGGCCCCCUGACCACGGUGCUGUACUCGCUGAAUAUGCUGGUGCAGACGGAGGGCCGCGAGCGGACCCCCGCCCAGUACCGCGCGCUCCUGGGCCCCGCCGGCUUCCGAGACGUGCGGUGCCGGAGGACCGGGGGCACCUACGACACCAUCUUGGCCAGGAAGUGAUCCCGGCAGUGUGUGUGACCCCCUUCACGACGCAAAUCCUGCAAUAAAGAGAUGGCAUCGCUCAUGCUUCUUUCUUGCCUUUUCUUCUUCUUUUCCCCCCUUGUUGUCUAUCUAUUCUACGCUUUUCUUGUUUUCCUGCCCCGUUGAGGGAUGCCAGGUUUAUGCCCACGGAUGGUCACUUUGCGUUUCAUCUUACUUUCUUUCAUUAUCCUUAUUUUCAUUUGAUGCCAAUCCAUUCUAUUUUGCUUCCUUCCUGUGAUGGAGUGAAGAGUCUGAGAUGAGGUUCCUCCUGGAUGGGAGGUGGCCCUAAAUCCAGGGAGAGGGUCCUUAUAAGACACAGAAGAGGAGAGACAGGGACACAGAGGAGAAGCCACGUGGAGAUGGAGGCAAAGAUGGGAGGGAGGCGGCCACCAGCCCAGAGACGGACGCCUGGAGCCCGCAGAAGCUGGAAGAGGCAGGAAGGACCCUCCCCUGGAGCCUCUGGACGGAGCUCAGCCCUGGGACCCCUUGACCUCAGACAUCUGGUCCCCAGGACUCAGGGAGGGUGGAUGUGUGUGGUUUUAAGUCAUGAUCCCAUUUGGCAUUGUUUGUUUUGGCCGACCCAGGACACUCGUACACACGGAAGUAGAUGGAUAGGCACCCAUCUCAAAUUUUAAUUUUGAAAAGACAGAAAAGAAUUGCUGGUCUAUUUUGCAGCAUAGAGUCCAAGAAGUCUGUCACGAGGACGUUUAAUAUCUACUCUUUUAGCAACUUUCUGGUAUACAAUAAACAUAGUGACAUU